ACCGGUAUGAAGGAGCAACCCCUCGUUGAGGAGUUUGAUAACCGAAGCAAGACCCCUGGCACUAGUUCAUCCUUUCUUCCUUCACUAUUGAUCACUACUGCGACACAAAGUUGGUUACUCCGGUUGACGACAAAGACAACAUUGAACCCUCAACCCCAGCCCAAACUAAAACACCAAGGUCUCCAUCACCAAACACCAAUUACAAAAUGUUAGAACGCCGCGGGCGAGGACGAGGCUCCAACAGAGACCGUUACCAAGACGAUGACGACUACUCAGACUACUCCGACUACGACCGUCCCUCCCGGUCAGCAACAGCACCUCCCAAGCGCCACCGCUCCAUAAGCCGUCGAGCCCUGGACAGACUCAGUUCCACAUUUGGCAACCUCGGCCUCAACAAAGAUAAAGAUUCAGCAAGAACCAGGUCAUCUGGCUGCUAUCGUGAUGGGGCAGGGGACGACUCCGACUACGACACCGACUACAGCACCAACUACACCCACGACAAGAAACGUUCCUCCCGAUCACGACACCACUCCCCCGACCGCGAUCGCGGUAGUGGUACCCAUUCCUCCCGCUACCCGCCUCGAGCCAGUCUAAACCGUCAACGCUCCUACUCCUACUCUCCCGAGCGGUACGAAAGCAGGCAGCGUGGGCGAAGCAGCCAUCGAAGCACAGGAAACAGCCGUGACCCACGUUCCAAGAGCCGAUGGGCGCGGAGCAUUGAUGCUGCUCUCGACGCCGCUGCCAUCGAGGCCGUCAGGGUGCGCAAGGAGCCCGGCCCGUGGACGGGCAGGAAGGGGUCGAGGGUGUUGACGGCGGCGAUGGCGGCGGCGGCGGUGGGAGUGGCGACGGAUCAUAGGCAGGAUGGGAGGGGGGAUAAGAAGGGGAAGAUUGGGAGUGCGUUGGGCGGGUUGGUGAUUAAUCGGAUGCUUAAUGGGCCGAGGAAGGAUUUGAGGAGGGACUUGAGGUAUUAGGUUGGGUGGAGGGGAAAUGGUGAUGAAUGAAGGCGCAGUUACGUUAUGGGGCAUGGGUACGGGCAUGCAUCUGGUUUAUGAAGUUAUGACUGAUGAAGG